CGAUAAGCCAGUGGCUUUGACAGGACGUCUUAGUUACAAUGAGAUGGCUUUCCACGUGGCUCUGCACGACGUUGAUCAUGGCCGGUGUGGUGUCAUUAAAAGCGAGGACGUACACUGGUCUGGCGGACAUCCUCAGAGACUUCUGCACCGGAGGAGAAGUGGCUGUCUCCUGGGCUUCUGAGACGCCACACGGAUUCCUGGCACUUGCGCUGAAGACAUUGCAAAGCUCAGGGUGUGUGACGGUGGAAGGCACCUUGCACGCACUUAGCCGAAAGGGAAUAAAAGAACACUCGAGGAUGAUGUUCCCUGACUCGACCAUCCUGUCCAAGCUGCUCUUCCUCUUCCACAGACUGGACGACGUGAGGGACUUUCUCGCUCCAGCCAUGAACACGCUCAACUCACAAGUAAGCAUGCUGUGCCAAGUGAGCUUCUGGGACGAUUCGGAUGUUCUCAGUCGUCCUGUAGACGCAUUUGGUGAACUCAGCUGCUGCACUGCUUUACUCAUCAACGAGGAAUUGGGAAGAAGACAAACGAAAUACCUGGUUGCGCAGCACAGAGGAGGUAGUGGCUCGUGGGUACGUCUUUGGAUGGCCAGGCAAUGCAACGUCGCUUGUAGUGCGUGCGGUCGCGCGCACCGGGACGGCGUAUGGCAGCUUCUCGAAUCACUCGACGGCGCACACAUGCUGGUUGGAACACUUCACAAUCCCCCGCAUUCAAGGAUACGAAAUGUGCGUAAGGAGUCCUGCACGGGCCCCGAACGCUGCUUCGACGGCUUCGAAAUGUCAUUCAUGACGGCCCUCGCUCAACGCUUCAACUUCACCUUUACCUUGGUAGUAAACCCCGAAGGCAAGUUUGGUGGCAUUGAACGGAACAGAUGGAGUGGCAUGAUUGGUAUGGUGCACCGAAAGGAGGUGGACGUCGCUUUGGGUGGCCUGAGCGUCUUCUACGAACGCGACAAGUACGUCGACUUUGCACUUCCUUAUAUCGUGGACUCCUUUGCGUUCGUGACCAAAUCGCCACGGAUACUGCCCUUCGCCCACGCCAUACUGCGGCCUUUUCGAAUCGAGGUGUGGUUCAGCGCACUGGCGUCCCUUGCAGUGGGAACAAUCGUCUUGCGUCUUCAAGCGCGCUGGACUCAGCGUCGCUUCCGUGUCGGUCCAACACCAAACUUCUGGCUGUUGCUGGCUACACUCGUCUACCAGAACGGUUGGCGCUCCUGGUACGAAACGUCCAGCUACAAAAUAUUCCGUGGGUCGUGGCUCAUCCUAACGGUGGUACUGGCCAAUGCUUACAACUGCGUGCUGCUUUCCGUACUUAGCGUGCCCCACUACGAGGAGGUUGUGGACACCAUGGAAGAACUGGAAGAAGCCAUACUGGAGAGGAGAAUGACGGCCGGCACAUCCAAUGGGACAGCGCAGGCUACAUUCCUCUUGAUGUCAACGUCAGGCGUGAUGCUUCUGAUCCGUCGUCUGAUGGAAAAAGAUCGUGGCUUGCUGGUGCCGAGCAAAUCUAUAGGUCUCCAAAAGGCCAUUGCCGAAAACUACGGCUACAUAGACACCAGAAUGGGCUUGGUAGCUGCAGUAGCGGAUUUGAACACUACUACAGUUAAGGUGUCUAACGGCCAUAUGAUCAACACGUAUUUUUCCAUGGCCUUUCACAGAUACUGCUUCUACAGGCCACAAUUCGAAAAAACAGCGCUGAGGUUCAUCGAGACGGGCCACUUUGAAAAGUGGUUGCAGAACGACGCCUUCAAUUACUUCACGAGGACGGAGCAGGAACGUGAAGGCUUCUCCCCUCUAAGACCGUCAGAUUUGGUGAGCGCAGCGGUCAUUCUCUUCGGAGGCCUGGGAGUCGCCGCCAUCGCCCUGACGGCGGAAGUGCUGCACUACCGAUGUCAGGUCAAAAAGCUUCGGCUUCGCAAGAAGGCCAACGUUUACAAAGAAAACUUCCUUCACAGAAGACCCCUUUAUUAUGCUCUGCAGCAGCGCACCAGCUUAACUGUGCUCAACUCGCGUUCCAGGAAAAACACGAGGAGGUGAUUCUCUCUCUGGAAGUACCAUACUGGAAGGGAACAUGUAUCCUGCUCGAGUGCUACAUACGACUAUUAACAGGGAAACCACCCUACAAUGUCGCUGAUAUAAGAAUAAGGACUUUUCUAACGUCCAGCCUCAUAUGGGGUUAGCAUCACAUUCGCAGGGACAGUCGCCUGUGGGCAAACGUACGUUGGUGGUCGCGCCAUCUGUCUUGGCACAUACGUCCUCGUGAUAGAGUUGUAGACGCGCCUCAUGGUAGACCCUAUGGUAGACGCGCUUGUGAUGAAGAUGAAGUCUAGGAUUCGCGCCACAUCAUAAUACAAAUACUCACCCAGGUAGAAAAUGUUUACAGUUAUAAGUGAAAUAAUUUGAAAUAAUUUGUACUCGAAACCACUUUGAAACGGUGUACGUAAAUGGUUCGCAGAGGAGGUUGCUCCAUAAACCAUUUGGAAUUGCCGGCAUUUUUCACGUGGGGAAUAAUUUUGAAAAGGACAUGCUUUGGAGAAGAAUCUUGAAGGAAACGCACAAAAUGACAACGCAUUAAAGAUGUGGAAAAAGGUUUGAAUACUGAAUGACAGUCAUACUUCAAUUUUCACAAAGUGCGCAAAUCCUAGGAUUCAAAGGCCAGUCUGGUGGAAAAUCCGCAUUGAAAUUUGCAGUAUAUCCAAUAUCACAUUUUCAGUAAAUAUGCACUAGAUUAUUUCGCACGCGACCAAUACAU